AUGGAAGGAGCUAUAGAAGGAAGUGUAGAGGCCGUGACGUACAAUUGGAAGAGAUGGAGUCCCCAGGGAAAGCGCUGGGUUGUUGAUAUCGCGAUCUUUGCUGUCUCGCAAGUCGUGCUAUAUUUCGGGGUACAAUUCAUACUAUCCGCUGCAAACCCAUUAUCAAAGCAGAGAGAAACGUCUCGUCAAAAGUCGGCUGCUGUAUUCAAGAGGAUGGGAUGGAAGGAUUUGAAGUUGACUGAGCAUGAAGAGAUCAUCGCCAGUGAGAUUAUACACCCAGAGGAUAUUCAUGUCACGUUUAAAGAUAUUGGGGGCCUCGAUCUCAUCGUGGAUUCACUUAAAGAAACUGUGAUCUACCCAUUGGUCUAUCCACAGCUAUUUUCAUUCGCUCCUGCUUUAUUGGCUGCUCCAAAAGGUGUAUUGCUCUAUGGACCCCCUGGGUGUGGUAAGACCAUGCUUGCAAAAGCAUUGGCAAAGGAGAGUGGAGCGACGUUUGUUAACCUGCACAUGUCCACCCUUACUGAGAAAUGGUUUGGUGAAUCACAGAAACUGGUCCAUGCUAUAUUCUCACUAGCCAAACGCCCUGAAAUACAGCCCACUAUCAUAUUCAUUGACGAAAUCGAUGCCUUCUUAAGGUCACGGCAGAGUCGGGAUCAUGAAGCUACGUCUAUGAUGAAGGCUGAAUUCAUGAGUUUAUGGGAUGGGUUGGCUACUGGAUCCGAUAUGAGAGUUCUGAUUCUUGGAGCUACCAACCGGCCACAAGAUAUAGACAAGGCCAUUCUGAGGAGAAUGCCAAAACGCUUCUCGAUCAAGACGCCGGAUCCUAAUCAGAGAAGAAAGAUAUUGACUUUGUUGCUCAAGGAUGUCUCCCUGGAUUCCAAAUUCCAAGUCGAAGAUGUAGUGACUAGAACAGAGGGGUAUUCUGGUGCCGAUUUGAAGGAACUAUGUCGUAAUGCACUCAUGGUUCCCGUACGAGAAUCCAUAAAGGGCCUCGGAAUGAAUGUUGCUCAAAUUGAUGUGAAAUCAAUCAGGGUUCGCCCGGUACAACUAUCAGACUUUGAAGAGUUAGACCAAGUCGUUACAAACAACUUGGAGGGUAUCCCUGAUUGGGAUUAA